CCGGCUAACUCAGUUAGCCACGUACGAGGAACGGAGCCCAGAGGGUCAUGGAGGUCUCUCAGGUGUCCCCCGGUCUCUUCCUCGGUGGUCUGGACUCGGCCCUGAACCUCGGCGUCCUCUCCAGCAGGAAUAUCACGCUCGUCGUGAACGCCAGCGGUCUGGAGGACCUGGUCUACCCUCAGGUGGACGGUCUGCAGGUCCUCCACGUCCCGGUCCAGGACCGACCUUACGCCCUCCUGAGACUCUACUUUGACCCGGUGGCUGAGCGGAUCCACCAGAACCAGACUGGGAGGACUCUGGUCCACUGCAGCGCCGGCCGGAGCCGAUCCCCGACCCUGAUCAUGGCCUACCUGAUGAGGUUUGAAGGUCUUAGCCUCCGGCGGGCACACGAAGUGGUUCUGGAUCAGCGUCCCUUCAUCAGACCCAACGCUGGUUUCUGGAGGCAGCUGAUGGACUACGAGAGGACCCUGUUCAGCAGGACUACCAUGAGGAUGAUCACGUUGGUCCGUCUCUAAACACCGUCUCACUUCCUGUCUGUGGCUCAUCGGUUCCUCCUGAAGACGUCAAUGUGACAGUGAGGAACCUUUAUCUGGUCCUGAACCAGUCUGAGUUUAGUCCUGAUCCUCUAUACCAGGGUCUUCAACUAAAUAUCCAAAAGGUCCAGAUUGAGAAAAUCUCCUCAAGCAAAGGUCAGAAACAUUACAAUAAUAUCUA